GCGCAGUAAGGGUGGCAGAGCUUAGUGUGUCCUUAUUGGAAGAGGUUAUGUUACAGGAAGCGCAGCAAGAGAGACAACGCGCACAGGGGCCCCGCAAUCAUGUCUACAGCAAUGAACUUUGGAGUAAAAACUUUUAAACCUCGCCCCCCAGAAAAGGGGUCUUUCCCACUGGAUCACUUUGGUGAAUGUAAAUCACUGAAAGAAACAUUCAUGAAAUGUUUGCGGGAGAACAGAUUUCAGAGCAGUCUGUGCAGGGAAGAGUCAAAGGAAUACCUAGAGUGUAGAAUGGAAAGACAACUAAUGGCUAAGGAGCCGCUUGAAAAACUUGGCUUUAAGGACCUAAUAAAUGAUCAAGCAGCGGAGGAGCAGAAAAAGUUAGAAGAUUAAUGAAUUAUAUGUGAACUUGAAAGGAUAUUUAUUCCCAACUUUAGAGACGUUUGGAUUUAUAUCUGCACACUAAGGAUGUGCCGACUGUGACAUUUAUGAAUGGAGCAGCAUUUGCCAAGAUAAUUCUUUUUCUCCUUUCUCUUUGUAUUUAUGCCAUCACUUGGAGGACAACAAUAUGAGGAAUACGAUAAGGAGACUACAAUUUAUUUGGAUUGUGUGAUUUGCAACACAACUAAUAAAUACUUUUUUUUUUUUUUUCAAGUUGUUUAAAAUUAGUAGAAAGGGCAAAACUGCUACAAUGUAAGACUUAUUCUACAAAACAUGGAUGAAGCUGUUGAACUUCUCACUGACUUUCUAACCCAACUUUGUUAAAAAUAAAGGUAUGAGAAGAGUAUGGCGUACACUCUGGCAAACAUCAACUGAUCCACAAAACGCUCAAAAGCAGAACUUGUCAGUUAUUUCCCUUCAGUCAGACUAAUAUAAUAUGUGUAAUAGCCCACAGCCCAUGUAGAGCUAUACACUAAUAUAAUAUGUGUAAUAGCCCACAGCCCAUGUAGAGCUAUACACUAAUAUAAUAUGUGUAAUAGCCCACAGCCCAUGUAGAGCUAUACCUUUAUCAUACCCCUUUCACACCGCAAAUAUAUCCCGGGAUAUUGCCGGGUUGAGCCUGCUCGAGGUGCAGUCUAAAAGCACUACUUUUGAAUAUCAUAACCCCUUUCCCGUUUCCAAUUCCCGGCUGGGAUCCGGCAUUGGCAGUGUGAAAGGGGUAUAUAAAAGCAGUGUUAUACACGGGUUGGACCCUGGUCAAUGUGCACUCUAAAGUGUCCAACCCGGGUUAUUCAAUCCUGCAUUCAUGUAAAAGUGCUGAUUGGCUGUUCUUUGUGUGCCUUGAUGAUGUCAGCAGCCUGAACCCUGCUACACAGGAGAGAACAGAGGGGGUCAUUCCGAGUUGAUCGCUCGCUAGCAGUUUUUAGCAGUCGUGUAAAUGCAUUGUCGCCACCCACCGGGGAGUGUAUUUUCUCUUUGCAGAAGUGUGAACGCUUGUGCAGCAGAGCGCCUGCAAAAUCUUUUUGUGCAAAACAAGACCAGCCCUGUAGUUACUCUUCGUGUGCAUUGAUUCUAACGAGGAAGGGACGGCUUUUGACGUCACACACCCGCCCAGCCACGCCUGCAUUUUUUCUGCCACGCCUGUGUUUUUCUAAGCACUCCCUGAAAACGGUCAGUUGACACCAAGAAACGCCAACUUCAUGUCACUCUUCCUGCGUUCGGCCGUGCAACAGGAAUGUUCGUUAGACUCUGUGCAAACCCAUGAUGCUCAUUGUACCUGUACGACGCCCUGCAAAUUGCGGUGCAUAUGCAUGCGCAGAAAGGCUGAUUUUUUUAGCCUGAUCGCUGCGCAGCAAACAACGGCAGCUAGCGAUCAACUCGGAAUGACCUCCACAGAGCAUUAAGAAUUAGAGCUACUAAGAAUUAGGGGUGAGGUGGAGAUUGCUAGGCAGCUUACUGCAUACCUCCCAACUUAUUAUAACUACAAAGAGGGACUUUGGGGUGCGCCAUUCGCAUGGGCGCCCGAAAAGGAUGUGUGACCUAUAUGAAAGGGGCGUGGUCUAGUGGCAGAGCUGCGAUCGUGAGUCACGCCCCCUUGUACCGUCACUGAGGGGGCAUGCCCAGCACUCUCUGAGCUGCUGGCAUGCCCCACCUCUGAAUAGACGCUGUGCACGUGCGCACAGUGUCAGUGACAGGAGCCUUCCAACUGCCCCCACCACCACCACGGUACACUGCGGCCCGUGGGUGGGACAGUCCCAAAAAAACAGGACUGUCCCGUGAAAAGCGGGACAGUUUGGAGGUAUGUUACUGGAACAGUUAAAGAUGCAAUUGUGUAUAAAAACAUAGGGGGUCAUUCCGAGUUGUUCGCUCGUUAUUUUUUUCUCGCAACGGAGCGAUUAGUCGCUAAUGCGCAUGCGCAAUGUCCGCAGUGCGACUGCGCCAAGUAAAUUUGCUUUGCAGUUAGGUAUUUUACUCACGGCAUUACGAGGUUUUUUCUUCGUUCUUGUGAUCGUAAUGUGAUUGACAGGAAGUGGGUGUUUCUGGGAGGAAACUGGCCGUUUUAUGGGAGUGUUUGUAAAACCGCAGCCGUUUCUGGGAAAAACGCGGGAGUGGCUGGAGAAACGGAGGAGUGUCGGUGCGAACGCUGGGUGUGUUUGUGACGUCAAACCAGGAACGACAAGCACUGAACUGAUCGCACUGGCAGAGUAAGUCUCGAGCUACUCAGAAACUGCACAGAGAAGUCUUUUCGCAAUAUUGCAAAUCUUUCGUUCGCUAUUUUGAUAAGCUAAGAUUCACUCCCAGUAGGCGGCGGCUUAGCGUGUGCAAAGCUUGCGAGCGAACAACUCGAAUGAGGGCCAUAGCUCUGUCAGCCAUGAUUCCUGCAAUGCUGUGAGCUGUCCCACCCUCUCCUUUUGUCCCCUUCUGACACCUCAUCUUUCUGAGCCAAAAAAAGUAAAUUUAAAAUGACAUCCAUGGUGUUUUUUAUUUGCUGACCCGGGUUGAGUUAAAAGGAGCCAACCCUGCAAUAACCCAGGUUGAAAGUGUAGUGUGAAAGGGUCUGAUCCGGAUUCAAAAUACUGGGUCGGACCCGAGUUUGCGGUGUGAAAGGGCGAUCGCUUAAAGCGCUGACUUGGGAACCAUGUAGUGGACCUGUCUUGGCUACAAGCAGUGGGACCAUAUUCCAACCAUCCUAGCUGCUAAAGCAGAGGUUAUACAUAGAUUAUUAGAAGGGGAAUUGGUAAAGUGUUACAGCUAUUUUCCUCAACACAAUACUUUAACACCAUCUUGUUAAAAAAAAAAAAGUGAUUCCUCUUAUAUUAAAAUGAGCCGACUUGUGGGUUUUUUUUGUCUGUUUUAUGUUUUUUAUAUGUACAUGUCCAACAGGAAUAACUUUAGAUUAGAAUUAACACAACCGCUUCUACAUGAAAACAUUUUUUAAUAACUUUAUUACAGUAAAAUAUAUAUUUUUAUGUGGUCACUGUUUCAUAUUUAAAUUAAAAAAAAAGGACAGUGGGUAAAAUCUCCUAUCCUCACUGUAACUAACUGCCAUCUGGAAAUACUUACCGCAGCAACCUUACCUUCUCGGAGAGCACUGCAAAGCUAUGAGAAUGCUCAUCUUUAUCAAAAUAAUAAUUACCACAUAAAGAAAGUUUAUUUGCAGUAAGGAAACUGCGCACGCCUAUGGACACUCGGUAACAUAUACUCGGAUGGUGUAAUGGUUAGCAUUACUGCUUCACAGCACUGAGAUCAUGGGUUCGAUUCCCACCAUGGCCCAUACUGUGCGGAGUUUGUAUAUUCUCCUAUACUUGCGUGGGUUUCCUCCAGGUACUCUGGUUUCCUCCCACAUUCCAAAAAUAUACUGGUAGGUUAAUUGGCUCCUAACAAAAAUUAACCCUAGUGUGAUUGUGUAUGUGUGUACAUGUGGUAGGGAAUAUAGAUUGUAAGCUCCACUGGGGCAGGGACUGAUGUCAAUGGUAAAAUAUUUUCUGAAGCGCUGCAGGAUAUGUGUGUGAGCUAUAUAAAUAACUGGUAAUAAAUAUACUAUGAAAUAUGAA